AUGUAUCAUACAACAACGAGUCUGAGGAAAUUUAUUGCCUCUACCUCCAAUGUUGCAUCGCCAGGAAAUCAAUUAGGUGAUUUAUUGAUCAAUACAAUUUGUAGUAGUAAUAAUAAUAGGAGAGGAUAUCAUGCAAUGGUAUCCGUUCUAAUGAAUCAAUUCAAUCAACAACACAAUCAUCACCAUCAACAACAUUAUCAAUACAAGUACCAUAAUGGCCAUCAUCAACAGUACUAUCAACAACAACAACAACCAACACCAACAUCAUCAUCAGAGGAGAAUGUUGUUGAUCAUCUCGUUUCUGAUCUCAGGAGGGAAAGAAGGAGGAAUAAGAGAAACAAAUUUGCAAUCCUCUUGCUAUUCAUCAGUCUUGGAUUGUUGUCGUAUGAAUAUUGGCAAUUGAGACAAGCCUAUGAUCAACGACAUGGUUUUGAGGAUUUAAACAAAUUAUUCAGGAAUGAACCAUCUAGAUUGGAGGCUUACUUGCCACCAUGGAUUCAAGAGAAUUUAAAGAAGGCAAGUGACAAGGUUGAUGUAGAAUCGGAGGAAGUUAAAAAGUGGGUCAAUAUUGCAAAGAAUUUGAAAAAUCAAAAGGAAUACGAAGAUGCUAUUAGAAUCUUGGAGAAUAUCUUGUGGAAAUAUCCAUCAAAUUUUCAGGCAAGAGAAUUGUACGGACUAAUCUUCCUUGAUAGAGCAGCUUUUCGUCCUGCUUUGAGACAAUUUGAAUUGGCAGCAACCUAUGCCACCUCUUCAAACUCAGAGGCAUCAUGCUACAAUAAUAUUGGUGUCUGCUUCUCAAGACUGAAGCUUGAUAAGGAGGCUGUUGAGGCCUAUGAUAAGGCUCUCAAUAUUGCCCAAUUUGAUGCCAAGAAUAGAGGAUUAUUCUAUUUUAACAGAGCCAUUUCUCACAACGCAUUGGGAAAUUUUCAAUUGGCCAUUCAUGAUUACACUAGAUCGAUUCAAUUUGAUGAGCAUGACCAAUCAUUCCUCUCCAAAAAAUACAAAUUCAGAUCUGUUUGUUACAAUACUCUCAAACAAUACCAAAAAGCACUCGAUGAUUUGAAUCUUUCCAUUCAACACUACCAAGAAGAUAAAACCAGUGCUAACAAUCCCAGUAUUGGAGCAGAGCUCUAUUUUUUCAGAGCUAAAGCUGAAAGAAAGUUGAAGAAUUAUGAAGCAAGUAUCCAAAGCAUUGACAAAUCAAUUGAUUUGAAAAAGAAUGAUGCCAACUAUUUCCAUACUCGUGCUGUUGCUUGGAGAAAGAUGGGUCAAUACCAGAAAGCAGAAGCAGACCACAAUAUGGCAAUUCAACUCAAACCUAACAAUACCAAAUUCAAAUCAAGUUUGGAAAAGACUAAAAAGUUAGCUCGUACUCAACCUCCUCAAACGCAACCAGCUCAAAAAGAGGAAACCACACCUGGUACAAGUGCACCUCCCUCAACAACAGACAACUUGACAAACCAACAACCACAAACCCCAACUCCAAAUCCAACAGAGAAUAAAGCUGAUUAA